AUGACGAGCCACAGAAUUGGCGUCAACCUUAGGGUUUCAGGAAAUUGUGAUCAAGGUGCCAGAAAGUAUAUGGAAGACAACCAUGUGAUUAAAUUUCUGAAAAAGGAUACCGAGGAUUAUGAGUUUGCGUAUUUUGGUAUCUUUGACGGUCAUGGUGGCCCCGAAGCCUCGACUUUCUGCAAAGACAACCUGCUGAAUGAAAUCACCAAAUACAGCGGCUUCUGGACGGAUGACGACGAACAAGUUUUACAGGCGAUUAAAAAAGGCUUUCUUGAUACACACAAUGCAAUGUGGAAUGUUCUUGAUUCCUGGCCAAAGACGCCCACAGGAUUGCCCAGUACAGCAGGCAGCACUGCCACUAUUGCCAUCAUCAAACAGGGGAAGCUAUACACAGGUCACGUUGGGGACUCUGCUCUGGUGCUGGGGGAAAUGGAUGUCUAUGCCAGGGAUGACUUCCCCUACCAGGCUGUUUGCAUCACAAAGGAGCACAAACCUGACGACCCAGAUGAGCGCCUGCGCAUUGAAGAUGCAGGUGGAGAGGUCAUUAACAAAAGUGGUGUUCCCCGUGUUGUUUGGAGUCGACCCAAGACCAGCCACAAGGGGCCGGUGAGGCGCAGCACACAGAUUGAUCAGAUUCCAUUCUUGGCAGUAGCUAGAUCGUUGGGUGAUCUCUGGAGCUACGACUAUUACACGGAGACGUACGUGGUGUCACCGGAGCCUGAUGUCUCCGUGCUGCAGCUGGACCCGAGCAAGCAUCGCUGUAUCAUUCUGGCCUCGGAUGGUUUGUGGAAUAUGCUGACCCCAGAGGAGACUGUCAACAUAGUCAUGGAUCUGGAGGCUCAGUUUGAGCAGAAGAUCAUCAGUGACCCUAACGUGGCAGUGAGCUUUUGGAGCAACCCAGCUGAACACCUGGUCUCUCGUGCACUAAACAAAUGGCGAGCCAAGUCGCUGAAAGCUGACAAUACCUCGUGUGUGGUGGUGCUGAUUGACCCCCUAGGUCCAUCAAAGCUAACACUUCUCAGACGCAGGCGGCAGGCUCUGCUGUCUGGGGGAGAAAUGACCGGGCAGCUGACAAAAAUACCCACCUUGUCUACAGAUAUUGAUCACAGAAGCAAAGGUCAGAAUAAAAAUGUGAAUUGCAGCUUGAGCGACAGCCACAUUCGGGUCAAUGAUGAUUCUAUCUUGAGGCCAGCUUUGGUCAAGGAGCAUGUGGCCAUGUCUGCCCAAAGGUCUUCGGGUUCCAAACCAGAACUCACAGAAUCGGACGAGGAAAGUGAUACUUUCAGUUACCCACCCAAGCCCCCGGUCAAAUGGAAUUUGAGACAGCAGGCAGCCAGUGACAGGAACCAAUCAUUGAACACAAGCAGCAGCAACAGACCUCACAACCAGCAGGCAGCCAGUGACAGGAACCAGUCUUUGAAUGCAAGCAGCACUAGCAGACCUCACAAUCAGCACGGGAAUAAACAUUUAAACAACUCACAACGCUCAAGUCCCAGUAAAGGAUCCAACAGACAGGCUGCAGCAAUGUUUACAAAGCUGGCAGAUCCCAGCCGAACUGCUCACAGCGAGAAGGGCAGUUGUGAAAGGAGAGAACACGUGAACAGUGUGGCCGACAGCAUCUACGAGGACAUCGAAGACGAAUCUAAUGGGGAUUCUGGCUCUGACUACGAGAAAACAUUACCUAAACCCCCGCCGUCCACCCCUUGUACUGGAGCUAACGCAGCUAACACAUUUAAUGAAAGUAGUAAAGAAGAUUCCUUGCACAGCUCUGCAGAUGUCACAGACAAAGCUUUUGCCCUGGCUUCCGAUGAAAGCAUCCAGUCACCAGGAUCUUCCUUUGGCAGCGGUGGUCGGCCCCGGACACCGAUGAGUGCCCCAGCCAAAUUAUCGGGGGCUAGGAGAAGUCACAUAUCUAAAAGGGCUAAAAAGAAGCUAGUGAAAAGUGGGAAAAAGUUUAACCACCUGGCAAAGGUUCAUGCUGUUCAAAAUACCACUACUGUGAAGUCAACAAACACUGAUCAGGGGACCAGUUCUCUUACACACACCCACUUUAGUAAAAUCAAAUCACACGAUGAUCCCAAAACCUCAAAGAUGGUGUCGGUUGCCACAGCUGCUGUAGGGAAGAACCUAUCACUGUUACACAUUCAGACCUCCACGCACGCAGAGUCCCCGCCUCGACAUGUUCUGAACACUUCAAGAAGCAUGAACCACAUUGUGACCCCCAGAAACCAGAAGGAGGCAGCCAGAUCUAUUUCCUGUAGUGGUCUGACACCUGAAAUGAGCCUCUUGAUGUCGGCUGUGUCCAAAUCUGCCUUGAACCAUACCAUUGCCACAUCUACCACCAACAGUGACAUCACCAGCCAGCUUUUCUCCACACUGAUGGAUGCAGGUAUUGGGGAUUCUCUUCGGUCCCGGAGGGAGACCUGUGUAGUUGUUGACGAUACUGGUGUGUCGCUGGCAUCGUCUUCUGUAUUAACACAGACAGAGCCACUGAAACAACUCAACAAGACUGUUUCCCUUCACAAAACCGGAUCUAAACGGUGGGGCAAUUUCUUCAGGGCAUCAAAGUUGGGCAUCGAUCAAAUGUUGCAUUUGGGCAGUCAUCGCAAGGGCUCAGUGCCUGCAGGUGGCAAAUUCACAUCAGCUGGAACGUUGGAAUGUGGCAGCUCCAAACUGCCCAGUAAUAGAAAUACUUCAAUGUCGACUAGCAGGUUGGCUGAUAUCACACUCAGUAACCAUCUGCCCGACGUGACUGUCAGUCACAUGGCUGACUUUACUUUGAACACUUCAACUCUCACAGCGGGGGACCUCACCAAUCUCUCAGCCUUGUCAGCUGAUGAUGAUGUUCUCUCGGCUGACGAUUUAUCCAUGGUCCAUCACAGUAUGAUCGAUGCUGACUCUGCUGAUAAAGCCAGCAAAAAACGCAAGGGUUUCCUCCAGAAAACCCGGGUCACCCUCAGCAGAGCUCGCAAGGCAGCAAAGAAAGCCUUCUUCCCUGAGAACCAUCGACUGUUUAACAAAACAUCCGGCAACAAACGACGCAGCGAUGAAUUCUUGCCCACACCUGAACAGAAGAGGCGACGGCAGCUAGAUGCAGACAAAUCCACAAUUUCCUAA